UUCAAUCUUCUCACAAGGGUUCUUCUCUCUCUCUCUCUCUGAAAUGGGUACGAGUACCGCUUCCGAUCGAUGCGCGAGGCAGAGAAUUGAUGUUCCAGAUGAAUCAAGGGUUCUUCCUUCUGCUCCUGUACAAGGAGAAUCGACCGUGGAGAUGGGUCCCGAGAAAGAAAACUUUUCUUUUUCUCCUCCUGCUUCAGACGAAGAUCUAGAAACGAUUCAUUCUGCUGAUUCUGGAGACGUUUCUUCCUACGAAACGGAUUCUGGCUUUCCCGUUGAACCUAAUAUUUCUUCGACGGAAGCGACAACAGUGGCGGAAACGUGUCUUGCAGACGUUUUUGUACCUGUAAUGGGUUCUGAAGUUCUUGAGCUGGAGAAUUCUGGUGAAGAAGUGCGAAAGAUGAAGGAGACGGAUACUCUGAUCGCUUCUUCUGGGUUUUCUGUAGAAAGCGAUAACUUUGAUGGUGACAACACAAGAUCCGUCGACGGGGUCAAUGUUCCUUCGUCUGAGAUUCAAGCGUUUGAUGGUCACAAUCUUGAAGAAGAAAGUUUGAAUCUUGAGGAGAAGCGCAAAGAAAAGGAGGCACAGAGAAUUUCGGAGGCUGAAAUCGAAGUUGGAACGACUUUUGGAGAGAAGGCUAAUGCGGGCACAGUGACGAGCGACUCGAGUUUCUUGAAGAAUGGAAAUUGUUACCAAAAUCAGCAAGAGACUGUUGAAAGGAUGAUUCUAAAAGAUCAUGCUUUUGCUGGAAGAUCAUUGAUGGUCGAAGUGAUCGAUGAUACAGCAGUGGUUGAUGUGUUUCCGAUCUACAAGAAGGGAAAUGCUCAUCCUAAGAGAUUGGAAACCGUUCGAACUGAGAAUCAGAACAUUGGAGAAGUAACAGUUGAUCGGAGGCAGGGGAAGGGGGCAAGAAGAAAAGGAAAGGGAAAGGGAAAUGCUGCUAAAGUGGAUAACAUAUCAGUCCAAGUUUCUGAAUUUGGUGUUCUUGGCGAAAAGAAUGGGAAUCCUUCGAAGAUAGCAUACUCUAGGAAACAAAUGGAGGCAAUGAGAUUUGCCAAGAUUUCGGAUCAGAGGAAAUUGUGGAGUGACAUAUUCGCUGGUCUUGCUUCUGAGGUGGUGACAGAGUAUGAAGGUUUGGCCAGUUUGAAGAAUUCAAAACCGAACAGAGACCGUGGACAACCAAUUCCAAGGAAUCUGGAUAUCGGUAUUCUUGGGUCCUUAUCUGUUGGUUUCUGCAGGCCCCGUAGCUGCUGUGCCGAGACGAAACCAUUCGAAUAUCUUUGUGCAUUGAGCUGUGAACCGAAGGAAUUUUUGUGUAAGUCCAGCGUUCAGCGUUCAGUUCAGCUCGUCUCUUGUUCUCCUUAUACAGAUUCUUUAGUCAUGUAUAUCUUUGAAAUUCUUUUGUUGAGAUUGUAGAGCCAUCAAUUCUUGAUCUGAGACUGUAAAGGUUCAAACAUUCUGAAUAAAUAAAAAAAUAACAGGGCAUCUGUUGUCAAAA